AGGAGGAGAAAGAGGUGGAGGAGGAGGAGGAGGAGGAGGAAAAAAGCUGCUGCUGCUGCUGUAGCAGACAUGGAGGAGUUGAGCGCUGUAGGAGAGCAGGUUUUCGAUGCCGAGUGCAUUCUCAGUAAAAGACUACGAAAGGGAAAGUUGGAGUAUCUGGUGAAGUGGAGAGGAUGGUCGUCCAAGCACAAUAGCUGGGAGCCUCAGGAGAAUCUGCUGGACCCGAGACUGCUGGCUGCGUUUAAUAAGAGGGAGCAAGAAAGAGAGCUGCUGAUUCGGAAACGAGGAAAACGGCCACGUGGAAGACCUCGGAAAAUCAUGGAACCGGUUCAGCCAGUCUCGAAGUCAAGCAGCUCCUCAUCAUCUUCAUCUUCCUCUGAUUCGUCAUCAUCAUCAUCAUCUUCUUCAUCCUCCUCAUCCUCUUCAUCUGAGGAUGAUGAUGAUGACCAGGAUGACAAUGACAGAAAGGCAAAGCCAGGCCCUCGAGUGCGGGAGCUGCACCCUGUCCCGCAGAAGAAGGCUCAGAUCGUGCUGGCCAAACCGGAUCCUCCAAAGAAAAAGAAGCGAGGCAGGAAGCCUCUUGCUCCAGAGUUGAGGGCCUUGAAGCAGAAUCAGGCCAAAAAUGCACGCAAAGUCAUGAAGCCACCGCUAAAAGACUCUCUCUCAGACCUGCGUAGCAACAUUAAGAAACCACUGAUGCCUGCCAGUUUCACCUACACAGGCCUGAAUCGAGCAGCCAACAGGGAGACGAUAGCCGUGCAGAACCGAGGAUCUUUUAACGCCAAUGAAUCUCCAAAGAACACCCUGGGAUCCAUGCAGUCCCAAGGGAAACCUGUCACAGAGUUUAAGCUUUCUGUCUCAGACAUGGGUAAUGGGGGAGGCCUGGAUUUAAAAAACUCAUCCUCUAAGUCUCCAGGAGUGGCUUCUCUGAGUUUGCACAAUUCAAAACUUACCAACAGUACCAAUGGACAGGCAGCAGGGGGAGCUCCUAAUUGGAUGAAAAAACAGGAAACUCCAGCUUUGCAGCGACCAGUGAACAUAAAACCAUCUGUAUCCCCUCUCUCCUCAAUGAAAAUCCCCGGUACUCAGGUCUCCAGCUUGUCUGGUGUCAACAAAACACAACUGGGUGUCAGUGCCUCUCCAAAAGAUGUUACCAGCCUUAGGGAUUCUGGGAACAUAGUGAAAAAAGGUCCAGUGCAGGAAAAAAGUGCUCUGGCAGAAGGAGGGAUUAUGGGUCGUGCAGGAUCCCGUGAUAUCAGCACACCAGCAGGGGUAGAAAAAGUGAAAAUGGAGGAUCCAUUGGACAGAUUGGGGAAAGUGACCCCGGGAAGGCAGCGGAAAGUACCGACAUUUACUGGUUCUAAAGAUGGUGGCAAAAUGACAAAACCGCUAAGCGAGAUGAGCACGGGUGAGGAGGGAAGCAGCUCAGAAUCCGAGCAGGAGUUACCAUUCACUGGGAAAAGGCAGGAGUUGUCAUUGGAAGUGCAGUCGGAGUGCAAGGACUGGAGGCCAACACGAAGCCUCAUCGAACAUGUUUUCGUUACCGAUGUCACUGCUAAUCUCGUCACUGUAACUGUGAAAGAAUCUCCCACUAGCGUGGGUUUCUUUAGCAUCCGGAAUUACUAAGAGAAUUGGAGAAAAGAUAGUUUAUGUAUCUAUUGAUAUCGGGUAUCUUAGCAAAGUUUCGUAGAUCACAGUUUCUUGUUACAACCACCGAGUCCGUUCUGGAAGCUGCUUCUUCAAGAAGAAGAGGAUACCUGAGACAGGGCUAUGAAGGAGUGAAGAAAGCAUGUAAACCAGUUGGUGCUUUGAAGUGACUCAGUUUUCAACAUUUGAGGUUUUUUAUUCCUACUUAAAGUUGAACUCCGAUUCAGGUGCUUAGCCAUUUGGUGCUUUUUUUCAUUAAACAACCACAGUGUCUUAUAGUAAGACUGGAAAUUCUGGAAACUUCUGGAAGCCUGGAAAAUGAUAAAACCUGAGACUUGGCUUUUACACUAGGACUGAACCAUUUGGUGCUCGGCGGUUAGGAAACAUUUUCUGGAUUUUAAAUUCGGAGCUUCUGGUUUUCAAUUUUUUUGUUGUUGUUGUUGAAUUUCCCUGAUUUAUCACUUAAGUCAGUGGUUCUUAAAGUGGAGUCUGGGAGCCCCCUUGGGCCCGUGAAGCAUACCCACAAUUUAGUUUUUUCACAAUUUGUUAUUGUGGAGGAAUUCAUUAUUCACCCUCACUGAUGUUGUAAUAUGCAUCAUUGCAGUCUUGAAGGUUCAGGAAUAAAAAGCCCCAGUAAAUAUCCAGAGUAAUACUUUAGAUAAUUAAAUAACGAGUAUAAUAUUUUAAAUUGGUUUAUGUUCAUAAAAUUAAUCGGUAAUGUGAAGUUUAUUAUAAAAUUAAAGGGCUCCCUGGCUCCAUAAUGUUUGGGAACCACUGAUCAGUAAGAAUCCAUACUGGAAUAUAUGAUACUCAGACAGGGCAAGGGGCUUUUUACAUGCUAUGGUCAGUUAAUGGGGGGAAAAAAGUGGAAGAAAACAUGACCUACAGUUCUCAGUGUUUUCAGAAGUGUAAAACUACAAAAGGAAGAAAAUUUAUCCAAAGUUCUUCUUGUUUGUUUUUAUCUGAACCCUUCUGGUCUUUUUUAUAUUUUUAUUUUUAUUUAAAUGGCCAAUUUUUUUUAGAGAUGUGAACUUUUUUUGCCUUAUUAUAAUCAGCAGCGUAGAACACAUGGCCUUCUCUCUGAUAGAACACAUUUCCAUCUUUAUUUAUUAUUUCGUACUAUCUUUAUUAUUUUUUUAGAUCAUAUGCAAACAAAAAGGUUGUUUUGUUAAAAAAAAAUGCUGGCGACUCAUUUUAAAUCAAACCUUUUGAAUUAAACUUGGGCGUGAGCUUCAAUGUGGAUAUGUUAAA